AUCUUCUUAAUUAUAUCGAAAUCUUGGUUUUUGAACCUAAUAAUGGAAGACUAUUUGCCCCAAGAAGUGUUACUAAACAUCUUUCACAGGCUUCCAAACAAAUCCAUCGGAAGAUGCAUCUGUGUCUGCAAAUAUUGGCUCUCUCUCAUAAAGAACCCCAGCUUUGUUUCUACUCACCUUAUCCAAACAAUUUCUUCCAACAAAGAACAUUUGUUCUUGCUUAAGCUUUCCUCUCAGGAAACACAAGAAAUACAAUAUUCUUUGCAUUUUGACAACGAAAAAUUCAGCAAAUACUUGCAGCUUGGAGUUCCUUUUAAAGAAAACAAUCAAUCUUUCUCCAUUGUUGGUUCUUGUAAUGGAUUGGUUUGCCUUAUGCACAAUCUAUACACUUACAACUACACUUUCGUAUUAUGGAAUCCAGUGAUUGGAAAAUCUCUGGAACUCCCUGAACCGAACAUCAAGUUUGACUCUCAUGGUGCUUUUGAGGCUUUUGUGGGUUUUGGAUUUGAUUCUUGCAGUUAUGAUUAUAAAGUGGUAAGAGUUUUGAGACUUCUGGAAUAUGAAAACGAAAGUGAAGAAGAUGAUGAAGUAGCAAUUGAGGUUGAGAUUUUCUCACUUAGAAAGAAUUCUUGGAAAGUUAUUACUGAUAUAGCACCCCAGUAUGACAUUGUUGAAAGAAGUUCACAAGCUUUUGUCAAUGGAGCAGUCCAUUGGAUUGCAACCAAAAGAAAAAGCAAUGGCGAGUGUAAUAAUUUGGUUAUGAGCCUUAACAUGAGCAAUGAGAAUUUUCGUGAAUUAAUAUUGCCAGAAUGUCUGGUUAAUGAAAAUCCUAUGUUUUUGACAAUUUCUAUUUACGAAGAUUCAAGCAUUGCAGUGUUUAGAAGAAAUUACGUUAGAUUCUCCGAUAGCGAUAUAUGGGUGAUGAAAGAGUAUGGUGUAGCAGAAUCCUGGGAAAAGAUACUAACUGUUGGGAGAUAUGAAGGUGGUGUUCCAAGAGCAUUGGGAUUUAGGAGAAAUGGUGGUGUGAUUUUUGAAUUAUAUAAUGGAGAUUUAGUUUCAGUUGAUGCAAAAAGCUUAGAGAUUGAAGGUCUUGGAAUUCAUUCUGCUUCUUCUGGGUAUUCUUUUGUGGAUACUUUUAUGGAAAGCCUGGUGUUGCUUGAGCUUUGAUUAAACUAGGUAUGGACAUGAGGCAAUUGAAGAUCUUAAAUGUGCAGGGGAAAAGGAUUAGUUCAACCUGCAAGACUUUUUGUUGUGUUAGUUUUGUAUUCUUUCUUGUCUGCAAGAAUUUCCCAAUUGUUCAAAUAUAUAUAAUUAGAUGUUUUCCUCUUCUAAGAUAUAAGUUCAUAUAUCACAAUAACAUUAUGUUUGCAAAUAAGAUUUCAU